AUGCCCAACGCGGUUAAAAAACUGAGACAAGGAGAGAGGUUGACCCUGAAAUCCACAGGAAUCAACAGCAAGGCAUCUCACGACCUCAGGAGACUUCUGUCCUUGCUCGCUAAAAGUGUCUCCAGAGAAGAGGUGGCAGCACUGAGUCACAGUAAAGCAUGCAGCGGUGCAGCCAGAUCUCAGGGCCAGCAUCAUCAAAAUGAUACCAUCUGUUAUAGGAGAGGGAGCGACGCCGCCAGUGAAGUUUCGGAGCUGGAAAAAUUCAGCAUAACAUACAGAAACCGGAGAUGUUUCAGCAGCCAUCCACUGCACAAGCUCUUCUCCGGCAUCCUCACCUCUCUGGUCAAGAACCGACUCUGCAGUGAAUGGGUCGACCACGCUCCACCUGAGUCUGUCCUUCGAGUCUUGAUCUGCCUUCGGUUGCUCAUCAGAGAUCCCCAGCAUCAGAUAAUUCUCCAUCAACUGCACGGCGUCAGUUUGCUUGCCAGGUACAUGGAGUGUGUCACUUCCACGUACAUAGCUUGUGGGGAACAGGCGUUCACCAUACAGAAGCUGGUCACGGUGACCUACAUGUUUCAGAAGCUGUCGGCUGUGGAGGAUCAGAGGAGCUGGGUCAUCGAGAGCGGAGCUCACAGGACUCUGGUGAAGCUCCUAUCAACAUCAGACAGCAGUGUAUUGCUGGGGGCCCUCCUGGCACUCACUACCCUGGCUGAGAGCCCAGAAUGCAGGGAGAAGAUUGGAGAGCUGCUGAUAGUGGAGAACCUGCUUGUGAUACUGCAAGAAUAUGACCUGUUAUCAAAAAGGAUGAGUGCGGAGCUGCUGAGGCUGCUGUCGCCGGUGCGCCAGGUGAGGGAUCAGGUGCGGGAGCUGGAGGGGCUGCCGGUGCUGCUGAGCCUGCUGCACAGCCAGCACCUGAAGCUGCUGUGGAGCAUCGCCUGGGUCCUGGUGCAGCUCUGUGAGGAUCCAGACACCAGGACAGAGAUCCGGAGCUGGGGAGGCGUGCAGCAGCUGCUCCGUCUGCUUCAGAGUGACAGGCAGUAUGUGUCUGACCGCUUGUCCGUCGAGACGCUGUCCAGUGCCAACGCAGCUGGUCGCAUCCAGAGGGAGCACAUGGGAGAGGAGCUCAGCCCGCAGGAGGAGGUGGACAACACGAUGGCCCUGCAGUCAGCGUGCUGUACAGCCCUGACUGAGCUUAUUUUGGAUGACACUUCUGCUCGCCACAUUGUGCAGGAAAAUGGAAUAUAUGUGAUUGCAAAGUUGAUUCUACCACAAAGCACCGAACCAAAGGCUGUUUCUUUACAGUGUUAUGCAUUCCGGACCCUUCGAUUUCUCUUCAGCGUGGAAAGAAACCGACAUCUGUUUAAGAGGCUGUUUCCCACAGACCUGUUUGAGUUGUUUAUUGACGUUGGCCAUUAUGUGCGAGACCUCACCGCCUAUGAAGGCCUGCAAGCCAAAGUUUUGCUCUACGCUGAAGAGGAGCUGGACAGCCUGAGGGAGAGCAUCGAGGCUGCGGACCAGAACCGCCCUCCUCUCAGAGUGAUCAGCGGGUUCUCCAUACUGGACCAUCUGGGCACCGGUGCCUUUGGAAGCGUCUUCAAAGUCCGUAAGCAGAGCGGCCAGAACCUCCUGGCUCUGAAGGAGGUGGACCUCCGCAACCCGGCCUUCGGGAAAGACAAGAAGUCCAGAGACAGCGACGUGGAGAAGAUCAUCUCCGAGCUCACCAUCAUCAAAGAACAGAUGGCACAUCCAAACAUUGUUAAAUAUUACAAGACAUUUUUAGAAGGUGACAGGCUGUACAUCGUGAUGGAGCUGAUCGAGGGCGUGCCGCUGGCCGACCACUUCAGCUCUCUGAAGGAGAAACAGCAGCAGUUCAGUGAAGACCGGAUUUGGAACAUAUUCAUCCAGAUGUGUCUGGCCUUACGGUAUCUGCACAAGGAGAAGAGGAUCGUCCACCGCGACCUCACACCUAACAACAUCAUGCUGGGGGAGAAGGACAGAGUCACCAUCACUGACUUUGGGCUCGCCAAACAGAAGCAGGAGAACAGCAAGCUGACAUCAGUGGUCGGCACCAUCCUUUACUCCUGUCCAGAGGUGGUGAAGAAUGAGCCGUAUGGAGAGAAGGCUGAUAUCUGGGCUUUAGGGUGUAUCCUCUACCAGAUGGCCACAUUGCAGCCUCCGUUUUACAGCAGUAACAUGCUGUCGCUGGCCAGCAAGAUCGUCGAGGCCGUCUAUGAGCCGCUUGAAGAAGGAGCCUUCUCAGACAGAGUCACAGACAUGAUCAAAUGGUGCCUGAGCCCGGACGCCGACCUGCGGCCUGACAUUGUGGCCGUCAGCUCGAGGAUCUCUGACCUCAUGAUGAGGCAGAUGGACACCCUCUACACUUCCCAGCAUGCACUGGAAAGAAAAGCAGAGCGAGACAGGAAACGAGCGCAGAAGUACUUCCUGGAGAGGCAUAAAUGCAGCGUGACCUGCUGUCACUCGGACACGCCUCAGGUUCUUGGACACCAAGAGAAGUCAACCAUGAAGACUGAAUCCCCACCUCCUGCCUCCUCUGCCGCCUGCAGCUCAAACCACUUUGAGCAGAACAUCAGUCAAGAUGAUGCCACAGAUGAGGAUGUCGGUGAAUCUAACAGCAAAAAUGACACCGCCGCCUCAGUGAGAAAACACUACGGAUCGAAGUCCAGCGGCUCUGCGACACGAGACCAAACUCCAGCUGGAGAUGAUUUUGCUGCCUCAAAGAUCAAACCAAGGCCAGUGUCAGCAGGAAUUUGUGUCUCCCAGAGGAAGGUUCGCCAGAUUGAUGAUCCCAUCCAGAGACUCCUCGUCCAAAUGCAUAAAAUCAUAUUCAUCACUCAGCUGCCACCUGCUCCUCACAACAGCGUCAAGCGGCGGAUCGUCGAAAGAUUCAAAAAGUCCCUGUUCCACCAGGGGAGCGAUCCCUACAACCUGAAGGUGGAGCUCAGCAAGCUCCUCCAGGCGUCUCCCGAGCUGACGGAGUUCGGCUCAGCGGGUUCAGACUGGUGGCCGCCGGUCCGGGCCUUUCCAGGUGACUGCCGGGCCGCCGCCGACCCAGACAUGACAGGUGAUGGGAAUCUGAAGGACGGCGUCACCUAUGAGCAGAUGCAGGGCAUCAUAGAGGACGUAUUGCAGGAGAAUAACUACUACAAAGCAACAUGCACCAGGGGCGAGGAGGAGGCCUUCAAGAAAAGCAGCAGCUCUGCAGCGGUUAAGAAAUGA